AUGGAAGAAGUAUCGUUGGGGCGCGGCUUUUGUUCGAAGCCCAUCGAGGAAGGAGCGGUAGCGAGCGCGCAGUGAGUAGGAGAGAUGUGGAAGAAGGGGUGGAAGAGGAAGAACGAGGAGGGGGCCGGAGGCGAUGGUGCUGCUCCCUCCAGGAAGUUCGCCAAGAAGGAUUCGGAUGAUGAUGGCGGAGACGAUGGCAUCGUCGUCUGUCAGAUAUCGAAGAACCGGAGGGUUUCGGUACGGCUGUGGCAGGGUAAGGUCGUGGUUGACAUCAGAGAGUUCUAUGUCAAAGAUGGCAAGGAACUGCCCGGGAAGAAAGGUAUAUCACUUCCAAUGGAUCAGUGGAAAGUUAUGCUGGACCACAUCGACGAAAUUGAUGAGGCAGUAAAGGAGAAUUCAUAGUUUCCAACAGACCAAGAACUUGGAAGGAAUUGGAUCAGCUGUGUUUUGGCUUGGAGUAGUGGUCCGUCUUUAUGGCUGGCGUGGAUAUACUCUUCAGCAAUGUUGUGUGGCUAACAAUGUGACUUCUAUGUUAUGUUUUAGAUUGGACCGUGUGCCUUGCUUUUCCGUAAAUCAUGCUAAUAUAUCCAUCCGGAUCAUCUGGUAGUG